CCCAUCCCUCCUCCUCUCCAUCCUUCCCCUCCCACUACCCCUCUGCCAGUUAUUACUGUACAACUAGUACACACACACAUACGUACACACACACAUACACACGCUGCCACACACUCACUGUACCAGCUGCAGCAGCCACCAUGGAGACCAGCUAACAUCCACCAGUGACAGUCACACACACACAUGCAUGUAUAAAUACAUUUCACACUGUGUAUACACAUACACACACACUCAGUUGGAGCAAGAGGCUACAGUACUUCUCCUCCUCCCUUUUGCUGCUGCUGCUGCUGCCUCCCAUCUCCAAAGCCUGGCCAUUCUUCAGGACAGCACCAAGGAGCCCCCUUGUUAUCCUCUCUCUGCCUUGGCUGAGCCACACUCCACAGACGCAGGGGCAAUGUCCAAGACCCUGAAAAAGAAAAACCACUGGACUAACAAAGUCCAUGAGUGUGUGAUUGACAGGAGCCUGGAAGGGGAGCUGGGCUUUGAGAUCAGAGGGGGUGCUGAAAAUGGCCAGUUCCCCUACCUUGGGGAGGUGAAGCCUGGGAAGGUGUCUUAUCAGAAUGGCAAACUGGUACCUGAGGAGCUCGUAUUGGAGGUUAAUGAGACUCCUGUGGCUGGGCUCACCAUCAGGGAUGUAUUGGCUGUGAUCAAACAUUGCAAGGACCCCAUCAGGAUCAAGUGUGUCAAACAAGGAGGCAUAGUUGACAAAGACCUUCGUCGCUACCUCAAUUUACGGUUCCAGAAGGGUUCAGUAGACCAUGAACUUCAGCAAAUCAUACGAGACAACCUCUACCUCCGAACAGUGCCAUGCACCACAAGGCAGCCUAAAGAAGGGGAGGUGCCUGGUGUGGAUUACAACUUUAUUACUGUGGACGCGUUUAUGGAAUUAGAGAGAAGUGGAGCCUUGUUAGAGAGUGGUACAUAUGAAGAAAAUUACUACGGCACUCCAAAACCUCCAGCUGAACCUGCUCCACUUUUAUUAAAUGCAACAGACCACAAUUUUCCUGGUGGCAUUCCAAGAAUUGAAGGGAAACGCAAACGCAAUAAAUCUGUGAGUAAUAUGGAGAAGACUGGAAUUGAACCUCCAGAAGAAGAGGAAGAGGAGAGACCUGUGAUAAAUGGAAAUGGGGUAGCGGUUACACCAGAAUCAAGUGAGCACGAAGACAAGAGUACAGAUGCCUCAGGUGAGAUUUCAUCCCAGCCUUACUCUGCUCCAAUGUACUGCCAGCCAGAUGAGUCAAAGGAAAGCACGGAUCUGAAGAAACAACUGAAGCCCGAUGAGAAUGACGAGCUGGGACUUUUGCCUGAUAAUUGGGAGAUGGCAUACACAGAAAAAGGAGAAGUAUAUUUUAUUGAUCACAACACAAAGACGACGUCAUGGCUGGAUCCACGGCUAGCAAAGAAAGCUAAACCCCCAGAAGAGUGCAAGGAGAAUGAGCUUCCCUAUGGCUGGGAGAAAAUUGAUGAUCCUAUCUAUGGCACAUACUAUGUUGAUCACAUAAACAGAAGAACUCAAUUCGAGAACCCAGUGUUAGAAGCAAAGCGGAAGCUUCAGCAGCACAACAUGCCCACAACGGAAUUGGGACCCCAGCCAAUGCAGGCCCAAGUGUUUAGAGAAAAGCCACUUUUUACACGUGAUGCAUCACAGCUGAAGGGGAAUUUUCUCAGCACCACUCUAAAGAAGAGCAAUAUGGGCUUUGGGUUCACCAUUAUUGGGGGAGAUGAGCCAGAUGAAUUUCUCCAAGUGAAGAGUGUCAUUCCCGAUGGGCCUGCUGCGCAGGAUGGAAAAAUGGAAACAGGUGAUGUCAUUGUCUAUAUUAAUGAAGUAUGUGUCCUUGGACACACACAUGCAGAUGUGGUCAAAAUCUUCCAGUCAGUUCCCAUUGGUCAAAGUGUCAACUUGGUGCUAUGUCGAGGAUAUCCCCUGCCCUACGAUCCUGAAGAUACUGCAAGCAGCUUGGUUUCUCCUAUGGCAGUAAUAGAAAGGCCUCCAGUGGUGGUAAAUGGAAGAAAUAACUAUGAAACCUAUUUGGAAUACAUUUCUAGGACGUCUCAAUCUGUUCCAGAUGUAGCAGAACGACCAUUGCCUUCUUUGCACUCCAUCACAGCAGAUAGCCAGCUUGAAAAUACAUUUCCACCACCUCCACCUGCACAUGAUGAUAAUGUAUCUAUGGCUUCUUCUGGAGCCACCCAAGCAGAACUCAUGACCUUAACCAUUGUGAAAGGGGCACAGGGCUUUGGCUUCACAAUAGCAGACAGUCCAACAGGACAGAGAGUGAAGCAGAUUCUAGACGUUCAGGGAUGCCCUGGUUUAUUUGAAGGGGACCUUAUAGUCGAGAUCAACCAGCAGAAUGUACAGAGCUUGAACCAUUUAGAAGUAGUGGAGUUACUUAAAGAAUGUCCUGUGGGAAAUGAGACUUCUUUGGUAAUUCAUAGAGGAGGUUUCUUCUCUCCGUGGAAAAGUUCCAAGCCUAUGAUGGAACGGUGGGAGAAUCAAGGAAGCCCCCAAACUAGUUUAUCAGCACCAUCAUUACCACCAAAUCUUCCAUACCCGCCAACGCUACAUAGAAGCUCAUUUCCUGAUUCUACAGAUGCCUUUGAUCCAAGAAAACCUGACCCCUAUGAACUCUAUGAGAAAUCAAGAGCAAUUUAUGAAAGUAGGCAGCAAGUGCCACCCAGAGCUGGUUUCAGAUCGGAUCCUGCUGGACCCGAUUAUAAGGAAUUGGAUGUUCAUCUUAGACGGCAGGAGUCUGGAUUUGGUUUCAGGAUACUUGGAGGAGAUGAGCCUGGUCAGCCUAUUUUAAUUGGUGCAGUAAUAGCCAUGGGUUCAGCGGAUAGAGAUGGCCGUCUACGUCCUGGUGACGAAUUGUUAUAUGUAGAUGGAAUCCCAGUUGCUGGCAAAACUCACCGAUAUGUGAUUGAUCUCAUGCAUAACGCUGCUCGUAAUGGACAAGUCAACCUUACUGUGAGACGAAAGGUGCUAUCUAUAGGUGAUACUUGCCCAGAGAAUGGCAGGAGUCCUGGUUCUGUGUCAACACAUCACAGUUCUCCUAGAAGUGACUCUGCAUAUCCAAACAGUAACCAUACUACACAGUGCAAUACAUCUCCUCCUGAGGGCACCUCUUCUCAGAACUCACAGUCCGGUGACGUGGUCAUCCACCGGAAGGAGAACGAGGGAUUUGGUUUUGUAAUAAUCAGUUCUUUGAACCGGCCAGAAUCAGGAGCCACAAUAGCUGUACCACAUAAAAUUGGUCGUAUUAUUGAGGGAAGCCCUGCUGAUCGCUGCGGAAAGCUAAAAGUUGGAGACCGGAUCUUAGCUGUGAAUAGCCAAUCUAUCAUCAACAUGCCUCAUGCAGAUAUUGUUAAACUGAUUAAAGAUGCAGGGUUAAGUGUAACGCUAUGCAUCAUUCCUCAGGAGGAAUUAAACAGUCCAGCAUCUGCACCAAGUUCAGAGAAGCAGAGUCCCAUGGCCCAGCAGCACAGCCCGAUGGCACAGCAGAGUCCAGUAGCCCAGCACAGUCCGGCAGCCCAUCCGCUGCCUCCACAACCACUGCAGUUACAGGGCCAUGAAAGCAGCUACAGGUCAGAAGUAAAAGCCAGACAGGAUGUGAAACCAGACAUUAGGCAACCACCAUUUACAGAUUACCGGCAGCCAUCAGCGGACUACAGGCAACCUCCUGUAGAUUACAGACACCCCCCAGUAAUUGAUUACCAGCAACCUCCUCCGAUGGACUACAGGCAACCACCUCUAAUAGAGUACCGGCAACAUUCUCCUGAUACUAGGCAAUAUCCACUCCCUGAUUAUAGGCAAUUUCAGGAUUAUGACUAUUUCACGGUGGAGAUGGAGAAGGGAGCCAAGGGUUUUGGAUUCAGUAUACGUGGAGGAAGAGAAUACAAGAUGGACUUGUAUGUGCUAAGACUUGCAGAAGACGGUCCUGCAAUACGAAAUGGGAGGAUGAGGGUCGGUGAUCAAAUUAUUGAAAUCAAUGGGGAAAGCACAAGAGACAUGACACACGCUAGAGCAAUAGAACUCAUUAAAUCUGGAGGAAGGAGAGUGAAGCUGUUACUAAAGCGCGGAACAGGGCAGGUCCCGGAGUAUGACGAACCAAACUCCUGGAGUUCGCCCUCUGCCACCUCCCCAGAGCCGGAAGUAGCCGUUUCUCUUGAAGACAUGAUUGCACCAUUAUCUUCAUCACAUUCAGCCUUGCCCUCUGACCCUACUCACCAGAUACACCCAGAUCCAGCAUGGGAUAUCUACAGGGAACAAGAUAUGGAAAAACCAAAGGAGCAUACUCCAAAUGGUCAUAAAAAGAAACGAUUGGGAGAGUCAAGGGAGAGAUCAGCAAGCCCGAAGAAAGUAGAUAGGUCAAGGCGUGAGGAGAGUUUCAAAAAAGAAUUUCAAGACGGCAAACAGAAAAAAUCAGAUAGUGGCAAGUCCAUUUCUGCAGGGAAAGGGACAGUGAAAAACGUUGGUGAUGUGGGAGAAUGCGGGUACACUGCAGUCAUUGAUGGCGGAGAUCGGACCUCUAGGUCCACUGAAGCAAGCAGAGAAGGAAACUUCUGUACAAAAGACAAAUACAAGGAUGCAACCAGUGAGAAAAAAUUAGUGAUCACUCUUGAGCAGAGCAGGUCAGAUUCCGGUGGGCUAUCAAAAGUGUACAGUAGCAGUAUGGUCAGCUCUCGAGUGAGCGCCAUGGAACAAGAUGAGAGAGAUGCUGAAGCUAAAUGCAGUGAGUCUCAAAAGGAAGGGCAUCUCCAUGUCAGCAACAACCGCCGCCCGAACACUGCACCUCGGAAAGCAACUGUCUCACCAGGGCCAUGGAAAAUUCCUGGCUCGGACAAGCUACCUAGCACCCUGAAAUCUGGCACUUCAGCUAUGAGCAGAUAACUGAAUAUGUGACUGUUCCCUUUACUUGUUUCACGUAGACUUGGAACAUUUUUCUUAGCUUCUGUCUCAAAUAAUUUAAUUUUGAUUUUUUUUUUUUAUUUAUUUUAAUUUUUCACUUGUAUUUACCUACACAACAGCAUCUGGGACCAGGAGCAUAUAUUUUGUAUUUCUGUAAGGCUGUGCACAAUGUCUAACCUGUAUAAAGAAGCAAAUACGGUAAAAUGGUACAACAGUACCUGGGGCUCACAGGUCGUAUCUCUGAGCUCUAGCAGCUAUGGAAGAACCAAAACAGCGGAGAGUGCACCGGAGGCAGACAGUGCAGUGUAGCUUUAGUAUAUUUUUUCACUGUAUGAAGGAUAUGGGAUCCACUCCAGUCUUGUCUGUAGCAAAACAAAAGAACAAACAUAGAGCAAUCACAAACUGGAACAUCGCCUUAAAUCAAACUGCACUGAGUAAGAUGAAGGAGAAAACGAAUUAUGCCUUGUAAUUCGAUGAUGGUAUUGUAUAUAUAUUCCUAUCAACAUAUCUAGACAGGGGUUAAAGUAUUUCUCUGAAGCUUUGAAUCUGCACAUCAUAAUGUGUUCAGUAUCUUCAUUAACCCGGCUGAUUCAUGCAGCAUAUGUAGUUAGGUGUGUGCUGCUCGUUAACUUGGAGAGUUAGUGUACUGACUGAUGUGGCUCCAUUUUUAUUGCCAUUUUUGUAUGAAUAACCCUAAUUUCUGUACAUCUCAAAGUAAAACUGGCGUUAAAUGCAUACAUGUAUUGUAUACGCAGUACAUGGUAGUUCUUAUUAUUGCAUAACAAAGUGUGAAUAGUGAUCCCCGAAACAUUAAAAGGUGGAAAGAUUAGUUCUGGACAAGACUAAAUUGGAACAAAAACGAAUGUGUUCCUCAAAAAUUGUCCCAGUGUAUAUCAUUAAGUAUGGCCUUGUUUCAUUGGUGGACUUUAUGGGGUGAGGCAUAAGUUAUAGCAUGCAAAUCUGCGGCUGAAGUUUUAUGACCCUGCAUUGUGAGCAAUACUAGCACCUUGUAUCAUCCAUGCCAUCACAGAGUCAUUUCCUGCAGUCCAAACAUCAACAUGGGGGAUCUGUAGACAUAAUGUAACAAUAUUGCCUUCCUUAGAGCACGUAAACCCAGUGCUUCAUUGAUUUAAGGAAAAGAAUUAAGUAAAAAAUAUAAGUUGUCAUUUGCAACUACGUUAUAAUAAGAAAUAUAAAGGUUUCCCUUGUUGCCUUAUACUCCACCAUACAAUUGUCUAAAUUCCAUUACCUACAUAUGGAGGAGAUUUAUGAAAUCGCAUCUGCACUUUCAAAGGGUUUGCUAUAUUUCUAAUGCAAUCAAGAGCAGUUUAUUGAGAAACAUAUUUUCAUUAAAAUAUUAUACGUAAAUAUUAAAGAAAUUCUAUAUUACCAUAUUGUCUGAGGAGACAUGAGGGUGCAUUUCAUUUCACAUUACUAACUACUAUGCUUUUCAAUUUUUAUAGAACUUACCCGUCUGUCCCUGUUCUUUGACAUCUCAAGUUAGUCCUGUUUUAAUAAGCGGUGUAUCAAAUGUUUUAUGUUCCAUCUGUGUAAGUGUCUGAAAAAAGAUGCUAGAUGAAAUGAAAUUUGCAGCUUAAUAAAUAAAACACCAUCCUCGAUAUUAAAGCACAAAUACAGAGCAUUUUUACUGAGAUUUCCCACACCUUGCCUGUUGCUGCCAUAUUAGGCAGUCAUCAUUAAUUUACCUAAAUCAAUGCUUCUGUAGUGUAAGUGCACGGCCCAAUAUUCUUGUUUCACGUUUUUCAUAUAUGACCAAGCUGAUACUUAAAGGGAGCAAAACCACAGAAAAACCCAUUGUAAACUCUAUUUGGCAGAGUAUAUUGCAAUUACGAAUCAAGUCAUUGUUUUAUGCAGCUGAUAACGUCUGAAACCGGACGUCAUCUGAACCCUACUCCAGAUUAUAAUUCUACAGUAUGUAGUGUUAGCUGUGAAUUUACCUUGUACAGCUGUAUCUCUAUAAAUAUAAUUCCAUGUAUUAAUAGUCACAGAAAGGCUGUAAGUGAGCAACUAUUUUUAUGAAACGCACCACUACGGUUAAAUUAACUUUUACAUAAAUCUUGUUUACUGUAUGAUAUUCUAAAACACUGUCAAAUAAAAUAUAUAUCCAAAAAUCUAAA